GAGCACGAGUGGUCAUGGCGUUUUGGCAGCGCGCUGCUUGGGUGGUCACAGACGGAGGAGACGCAAUGAGUAUAAGGCAAUCGGUGGAGACGUGGAGACGCGAACUGAGGGGAGUGAGCAGGCGAUGUUUGAUGCCUUCCUUUCUCCUAGAUGACGAGGAUCCAGUCAUCAUGAGCAACCCUAAUCGUUCCUUUACAAUCUAGAUAUCAUUUAACAAUUCAUUAGACAAUUGGCAGCCUUGUCUUAUCAGUGGCGAGCUUGAUGUGGGGUAUGGGGUUGGCCCGUGCCUGUGGGAUCAUCUUCCCGCCUCAACGCGCCUGAGACGCUGCAACAUGCCUUCCUUCGCGCGCCAUCGCUCCCGUCCACAGCACAGCUCGCGUCUUUUGCCCCUCAACGCACCUACCCACCUCCUCCUUAUAACCUCCUCUUAUUGUCAUCUCAUCUCCUCAUCGCCACCAUGGACAGCAUGGACCCCGUCGCCACCCUCGGUGAGGACAUCGUCCUCCUCAUCCUCGACCACCUCGCCCCAGCCGACGUACUCGCGUUUUGCAGCGUGUCCCGCUCUUGGCGCGACUUUGUCGAUGACCACGACGUAUGGCGCCGCAUCUGCCGGCGCACGGGCAUCGACGUGCGUGAACACCUCCACGCGCAGGAGGAGCGCGCCGCCAUCGCCCGCGGGGAGCAAUACAGUGGCGAGCUGACCCGGGAAGCAAACGCCAACGACUGCCGGAGUGCAU